GGGUGUUGAAAUCUGGUCUGCAGCGGGGAAAGGGUUAACUCUCUGCUUUAAGGCUCUGGGAGUGGGUUAAUGGGUUGUGAUCUAAUGGUAUCAGGCGCUGGUUUAGCGCUGGGAUCAAUGUGAUUUAAGCAGUGGGAAGAUGUGGAUGUGUUGGACAGUGUUGAAUUUGGAGGCUGAUUGCAGAGCUGACUGCUGUGUUGUAGUGCUGUACCUGUGGACCAGCCUUCGACCUGGUGCUGCUGCUGCUGCUGUUGUCAGUGUGUGUGUCCCAGCACACCUGGCUGUCUCUCAGGGCUGCAGAGCUGACUAACACACACCCUCUGAAUAUCUGAUACGUUUUCUUUUGCACUCAAGAGGAAGGAAAGGAAGAGAGGAGAUCAGGUUUUAAGGACACAGCCAGGAAACACAAAUUUCAUAGCCCCAGCAUAAAGGGCUACCAAAACAAACUGGUUUCUCUUCAGUGCCUGCUGUAACCAAGAGCUCUCUCUCUCUCUCUGUGGAUGUUAACCUUCACAUACAGUAACAAUUUUCAAAUAUAGCAGAAGACGGUCAAGUGCACAGGGAUCAUUGCAAGAAGGACAAAGCCUAGGGCAUGUGGAUCGUGGUAACUCUCUUACUCCACAGCAUCCUGAAUGUUGCCAGUGAAGAUCUGCAAUCCAGCUUGUACUUUGUCAAUGGAUCUCUGCAAGAGGUAGUCUUCGCCAGUACCAUGGGGACAUUGUUACCAUGCCCUGCAUCAGGGAAUCCCCCAACAACACUGCGUUGGUACCUAGCAACUGGGGAAGAGAUGUACGAUGUCCCUGGGAUCCGACACGUCCAUCCAAAUGGCACUCUCCAGAUCUUCCCUUUCCCUCCUUCGAGUUUUAAUAACUUGAUCCAUGACAAUUCGUACUAUUGCACAGCAGAAAAUCCUUCAGGGAAAAUUAGAAGUCAGGAUAUUCACAUUAAGGCUGUUUUAAGAGAGCCCUAUACAGUCCGCGUAGAGGACCAGAAAGCCAUGCGGGGGAAUGUAGCAGUCUUCAAGUGCAUUAUCCCGUCCUCUGUAGAGACUUAUAUCACUGUAGUGUCAUGGGAGAAAGACACGGUCUCACUUGUCUCAGGAUCUAGAUUCCACAUCACACCUACAGGAGCCUUGUAUAUAUUAGACGUACAGAACGAGGAUGGCCUGUACAAUUAUCGCUGCAUUACACGGCACAGGUACACUGGUGAAACAAGACAGAGCAACAGCGCCCGAUUAUUUGUGUCAGAUCCUGCUAACUCAGCUCCAACAAUCCUGGAUGGAUUUGAUCAUCGGCUGGUCAUGGCUGACCAGCGGGUCGAAUUGCCUUGCAAAGCCUCUGGGCAUCCUGCACCAAAAUACCGCUGGGUGAAGGACAAUGCCCCCUUGGCACGGGACAACAGGUUCAGGCAAACUGUCACUGGGCUACUCAUUGUGAAGGCAGUGCCAGCAGACACAGGAAGGUACACCUGCGAAGUGUGGAACAGCUUUGGGAAUGCAGAGAUUAUUGGCCACCUGAAUGUAAAACAACAACUGAAGGCAACAGUGAAUCUGCACAAGGUGAAAACCAGCAUCGGUAGCAAGUUAUUGCUGUCCUGUACAGUAAGCGGAGCGGAGGAGUAUGCGGUGGAGUGGUAUCAGAACGGUGAGAUUAUCACCCCUGGCAGCAACGUGAGAAUCACCGGAAACAACCACGAGAAGCUGAUGAUAGAUGGACUGGCAAAGAGUGAUGGAGGAGCCUAUCAGUGCUUUGUAAGGAAAGGUCGAAUGUCAGCCCAGGAUUUGGUACACGUUAUCCUUGAAGACGGAACGCCGAAGGUGAUUUCGUUUUUCAGUGAGAAGGUCGUGAGUCCCAAUGAGCCCAUCUCACUGAUGUGCAGCGUGAAAGGCAAUCCACCACCAACCAUUACCUGGACCCUGGACGACGACUCAAUCACACGAGAUGGGAGCCACCACUUCAGCCAGUACAGCACCACCGAGGGCAAUAUGGUCAGCCACCUCAAUGUCACCUACACUCAGGUCCGGGAUGGAGGAGUCUACCGGUGUGUGGCCAACAACUCUGCUGGAGUCGCCAUGUAUCAGGCUCGAAUAAACGUAAGAGGACCUGCCAGUAUACGGUCAAUGAAAAAUAUCACAGCCAUAGCUGGUCGUGAUACCUAUAUUCAUUGCCGGGUGAUUGGCUACCCAUACUAUUCCAUCAAGUGGUACAAGAAUUCCAAGCUGCUGCCCUUUAACCAUCGCCAGGUGGCAUACGGGAAUAAUGGGACCUUAAAGCUCUCCGAUGUACAGAAAGAUGUGGACGAGGGAGAGUACAUCUGCACUGUGCUUGUGCAACCUCAGCUGACUACCAGUCAGAGUGUGUACGUAGCUGUCAAAGUCCCACCUUUCAUCCAGCCUUUUGAAUUUCCAAGAUUCUCCAUUGGGCAGCGUGUCUUCAUCCCUUGUGUGGUCAUCUCAGGGGACCUGCCAAUCAGAAUCACUUGGCAGAAAGAUGGUCGUCCAAUCCCUGCAAGCCUAGGAGUCACCAUUGACAAAAUUGACUUCACCAGCUCCUUGAGGAUCUCCAACCUCUCCCUGAUGCACAAUGGGAACUACACAUGCAUCGCCAGCAACGAUGCAGCAGCAGUGGAGCACCAGAGCCAGCUGAUUGUCCGAGUUCCUCCUCGAUUUGUGGUACAACCCACUGACCAGGAUGGUAUUUAUGGGAAAUCUGUCAUACUGAACUGUUCUGCAGAAGGUUAUCCUGUCCCAACAAUCGUCUGGAAGUACUCCAAAGGUGCAGGUGUCCCACAAUUCCAGUCAAUUGCCCUGAAUGGUCGCAUCCAACUACUGGUGAAUGGGUCGCUCCUAAUUAAACAUGUGCUCGAGGAAGACAGUGGGUAUUACCUCUGCCAGGUCAGCAAUGAUGUGGGAGCUGAUGUCAGCAAGUCCAUGUAUCUGACAGUCAAAAUUCCUGCCAUGAUUACAUCAUACCCAAACACCACUCUGGCAACUCAGGGACAGAAGAAAGAGGUCAGCUGCACAGCACAUGGAGAGAAGCCCAUCAUUGUCCGCUGGGAGAAAGAAGACACCAUCAUCGACCCAGAACGUAUGUUCCGUUACGUUGUAUCCACCAAAGAGAUUGGAGAUGAGGUCAUUUCUACACUGCAGAUUACACCAACAGUCCGGGGAGAUUCUGGAUUUUUUUCCUGCCAUGCUAUUAAUUCGUACGGAGAGGACCGAGGGUUGAUUCAGCUCACGGUGCAAGAACCCCCAGAUCCUCCUGAAAUUGAGAUCCGUGAGGUGAGAGCACGGAGCAUCGCUUUGAGGUGGAGCAUGGGCUUUGAUGGGAAUAGCCCCAUCACAGGCUUUGACAUUGAGUGUAAGAACAAGUCAGAUUCGUGGGAUGCAGUACAAAGGACGAAAGAUGUCUCGCCUCAGUUGAACCAGGCCACAAUUAUCGACCUGCACCCCUCUUCCACCUACAACAUCCGUAUGUAUGCCAAAAAUCGCAUUGGGAAGAGUGAGGCCAGCAAUGAGCUCACCAUUACCACAGAUGAAGCAGCCCCUGACGGCCCACCUAUCGAUGUUGUGCUGGAAUCUCUAUCCUCUCAGUGUAUCAGAGUGACUUGGAAGGCUCCAAAGAAGCACUUACAAAAUGGACUAAUCCGCGGCUACCAAAUUGGUUAUCGGGAGUACAGCACAGGCGGCAAUUACCAGUUUAAUAUCAUCAGCAUGGAGACAACUGGUGACAGCGAGCUGUACACGCUGGACAAUCUGAAAAAGUUCACGCAGUACGGAGUGGUUGUACAGGCUUGUAACCGUGCAGGCACUGGACCCUCCUCACAGGAAAUCAUUGCAACGACGUUGGAGGAUGUGCCCAGCCGACCACCAGACAACGUCCAAGCCAGUGCAGUAUCUCCGGAGGUCAUUUCACUGUCUUGGUCGAUGCCACCAAAGGAGGCACUGAAUGGGAUUCUACAAGGAUAUAGAGUUAUUUACUGGGCAAACCUCCCAGAUGGAGAGCUCGGAGAGAUUAAAAACGUCACAACCACGCAGGUUAUGCUGGAGCUGGAUGGACUGGAGAAGUUCACCAACUAUAGUAUACAGGUGCUGGCAUUCACCCGGGCAGGAGAUGGAGUCAGGAGCGAACAGAUCUUCACACGUACCAAGGAGGAUGUUCCAGGUCCCCCGGGCGGAGUGAAAGCAGCUGCAGCCUCUGCCACAAUUGUGGUCGUCUCCUGGCUUGCCCCACUGAAGAUGAAUGGCAUCAUUUGGAAGUACACUAUAUUUUGCUCUCACCCAUAUCCAACAAUAAUCAGUGAAUUUGAAGCCUCACCGGACUCGUUUUAUUACCGCAUUCCCAACCUCAGCCAAAAUCGCCAGUAUAGCAUCUGGGUUGUUGCAAUUACUGCAGCGGGAAGAGGGAACUCCAGUGAGAUUAUUACAGUGGAGCCACUGGCAAAAGCACCAGCCCGGAUCUUGACAUUCAGUGGCACCGUGACAACACCAUGGAUGCGAGACAUCGUGUUGCCCUGUAAAGCAGUUGGAGACCCAGCCCCUACAAUCAAAUGGAUGAAGAACAGUAAUGGAACACCGAGCCCUGUAGUCACCGAUGGACGGAGAAGCAUCUUUAACAAUGGAAGCUUUGUCAUCCGCACUGUGAAAGCAGAGGAUUCUGGGUACUACAGCUGCGUGACAAGUAAUAACUGGGGAUCAGAUGAAAUCCUUGUUAACCUACAGGUGCAAGUUCCACCAGACCAACCACGCCUGACUGUGUCCAAAACAACCUCAAAUUCCAUAUUUCUUUCCUGGAUACCUGGGGACAAUGGUGGGAGCUCCAUUCGAGGUUAUAUUCUGCAGUACUCAGAGGACAACAGCGAACAGUGGGGUAGCUUUCCCAUCAGCCCUAGUGAGCGCUCAUACCGCCUGGAGAAUUUGAAAUGUGGGACAUGGUAUAAGUUCACUUUGACAGCACAGAAUGGAGUGGGACCUGGCCGCAUCAGUGAAAUCAUUGAAGCUAAAACCCAUGGGAAAGAGCCACAGUUUGCCAAGGAACAGGACCUGUUCUCCAGUGUCAACACCACAAGGAUCAGGCUCAAUCUUCUUGGUUGGAUUGAUGGUGGCUGUCCAAUCACCAUGUUCACCCUUGAAUAUCGGCCAUUUGGGACGACAGUCUGGACGACCGCACAGCGGACGACCCUGUCUAAGUCAUACAUCCUGUAUGACUUGCAGGAAGCCACGUGGUAUGAACUGCAAAUGAAGGUGUGCAACAGUGCAGGAUGCACAGAGAAGCAGACAGAAUUUGCAACCCUCAACAAUGAUGGGAGUACAAUCCCACCGCUGAUUAAAUCGGUGGUCCAGACCGAGGAAGGAAUGGCAACUAAUGAGGAACUGAAAAUGCUGGUGACCAUCUCAUGCAUCCUGCUGGCUGCCCUGCUGCUAUUUGCUCUGCUUCUUAUUGUUCGAAGACGACGGAGGGAACAGCGUCUGAAAAGACUCAGGGAUGCCAAAAGUUUGGCCGAGAUGCUGAUGAGUAAAAACACAAGGACAUCUGAUACCCUGAAUAAACAGCAGCAGACACUGAGAAUGCACAUCGAUAUCCCUCGUGCACAGCUUCUGAUAGAAGAGAGGGAUACCAUGGAAACAAUAGAUGAUCGAUCUACUGUGCUGCUGACGGAUUCAGACUUCGGAGAGGCUGUGAAACAGAAGUCGCUAACAGCCACACACACUGUCCAUUACCAUUCAGUCUCACAGGCCACUGGGCCUCUUGUGGAUGUUUCAGAUGCUCGACCUGGAACCAAUCCCACGGCCCGCAGGAAUGUGAAGGGAGUUCCAUCAGCUCGCAAUAGGUACUCCAGCCAGUGGACACUGAAUAGACCCCACCCAACCGUGUCUGCUCACACACUGACAACGGACUGGAGAAUGCCGACACCACAUGUUGCAGGAUCUGUCGAUAAGGAGAGCGACAGCUACAGUGUCAGUCCAUCUCAAGACACAGACAGAGCACGGAGUAGCAUGGUCUCAACGGAGAGUGCCUCUUCUACAUAUGAGGAGCUGGCACGUGCAUAUGAACAUGCCAAGAUGGAGGAGCAGCUGAGGCACGCCAAGUUUACAAUUACGGAAUGCUUUAUAUCGGAUACAUCUUCGGAGCAGCUGACAGCUGGGACCAAUGAGUACACAGACAGCCUGACAUCCAGCACACCUUCAGAAUCAGGCAUCUGCAGGUUUACCGCAUCACCGCCGAAACCUCAGGAUGCAGGGAGGGUGGCAAAUAUGGCAGUGCCCAAAGCACAUCGACCAGGUGACCUUAUGCAUCUUCCGCCAUACCUAAGGGUGGACUUCCUGAUUCACAGAGGAGUGGCAGGUCCGAGCAGAGACCUUGGUCAGGGGCAUGCCUGUCUGGAGCCACAGAGAAGAAACACCAUGAAACGCACACAAGUAAUGGAGCCAAUCCCAGUGGAAGUAGCUACCAGGGACACACAGCAAUGGCAAUCAAGCACCGCGUCGACAUUACCUCAGAGGGAGGGAGCAGACCGUGGCAAAGCUGCCAAAUUGAGCAGCUCCCAAGAAUCAUUACUGGACAAUCGCGGUCACUUGAAACAAGGGAACAACCCUUACGCAAAAUCCUAUACCCUGGUAUAACAACCGCAUGUCUGUACAAGGCUGUAAAUAGUUCAAUUUCAAGCUACCUUUUUUUUACUGAUUCCAAUAUUUAUAAUCAAAGAUUUGCCAAAAUAUUAAAAAAAUCAGAUAUUGCAAAGACUUUGUUGUGAUCCAGGGUGUGACAUGCCUGAGCAACUGAAUGUCUGUGCAUUUUUUUUAAACAAAGCCUCCUCCAUCCCUACCCUGAUUGUCUGAUAUGCACAGAUCAUUGUGUUUUUACUUGUUUCCUAAGAAAUGCAUGGAGGCAAAUUAUGAAGACAUUGACAAUAGCAAAAAAAAACAAGGAGAGAGGAAAAAGAAUACCAAGCUCUGUCACCCACUUUACCGGGAAUCUCAAUGGUUUAACUAUUGCACAAGAAAAAGACAGAAAAGCUACAUUUGUGGUUGAAACAGCGAUCCCUGAUUGAUUGAAGAGUUUGCCGCCAAGUAUGCACGCACCUUUUGCAGUUAGCUAGAAGUAGAAUCGUAGAACAACACAGCACAGAAGGAGGCCCAUUGUGCCAGAAUCCUUCAAUUCCAUCUUUUCCUAUUGUCCAUUAGGUUAGGGAUUAACAUUAUUAAAUAUUUUUUAAAAUGUAAGUAAUCUAUUUAAAGUGAUAUUAACGACGAGCCCAUAAGGCUGGAUAUCAAAGGGAAAGCUCCUUGCCAUGUUUCAUUGACUUGGUUAAUCUACAGUCCAUAUAUAUAUGCAUUACUGGUACUCGUAUGUAUAUGUACGUAUACAGUGCACGUGUAUAUCUAUGGUAUACAUACAUAUAGUAUACGUACAUGCAUAUAUACUUGUCUAAGUAUAAAUGUAAAUGGGUCUAACUUUAUUUUAGGUAAAUAAACAUUAAGAGAGACAGAUGGAAAACCCAAUAAUAACUGAUGUUCCAGCUACAUGUGUGUCUACCUCCUGAAGCUUGCAUUGGUCAGACAGGUUCUGGCUUCAAGUUCUAACCAAAGUUUGGUGACCUUUAAUUCUUUGCUACAUAGUGUGUUUGUGUGUAUUUUCUGAUGUCAAAUUUUAACAGUUGCCUCAUGCAGAACUUUUCAGUCUUGUUGUUAUAAUAAAAAAGCAUUUUAAACAACAAAAAGAAAACAAAAUAUAUUAUAUAGAUACGUGUAUAUAUGCACUGUUUUACAAAGGGUACUGACGAUAUAAGGCAGCAGCUGCCAUGAGCGGGUGACUGAUAGUUUCAUUUGAUAUCAAAAGGCUUUCUUGUUGUAAAAGUCACUGGUUGCUGCUUUUGUCCAGAAACAGAGUCAGCUACGGUGUAAUGAGUCACCAUCCAAAAGCAGAAUCCCACAAAGCAGAUAUGACUUAUUUGGAAAUGUGAACCAAUUACCCUAAUUAUAAAUGGUUGAAAUCGCAGAAGAUGAAGCAAAAGCAAAAUUUAUUAAAAGACUGGCCAAGUUCCUGUGUAACAAAAGCAGAAUGAACUUGUUUCAGGAAUUAUAAACCGAUGACCCUGAUGUUUGCUCCUUUCCACCACAGCUGGGAUGGAAAUAGCUUUCAGUGCAUUGGUAUACGCCCUCACAGCUUGUCAGCUGGAAAUGAGAAUGUUCCAAUCUUUCAAGGGAUUUGGAUAUAAAAUCACUAAGGUUACAGAAUCUCUUUCCUGUUACUGUUGUGAUGAGGCUUGCUACCCUCUACUUUUAGCCAAGAUAAUUUGUGGGCGGUUGAUAAAUUUGCAAAGCAACAACCCAGACACUCAGUGUACUUUUAAAACAGAAGUUGUGUUUUUGCCGCAUUGCUUCUGAUGUAGAAGCAUCAGAAUUUACAAUUUUCAACAAAUUACAAAUAUGAGAAAAGUCUCAAUCCUGUGCCGUCUGCUCAAUGUCAGCUUUGGUCUUGGGAAGAGGUGAAGUCAUGAAUAUGUUGACUUAACUAUAAGUUCUAUUUAGAUUAACAAUAGCAAGUAGUUGUUUAAUUUGUUAUUAUUUGCCAUCUGACCCUCUGCUAAAAGCACAAGCAAGGACAAUUUUGAAGAUUGUUGAGAGUUUUGAAGAAGAUUUUCAUCUGAUGAAGUUAGACUGUUAAACGCCAAAAGAAGUUAUCUAAAGAGGUUAUCUAAUAUGGUAUGUUUAUAAAGUAUAUUGUUUUAAGAUCAUUCCAUCUUCUAGUCAAAUACAGUAUGUAUUAGGCUGCAGCCUAACACGAUUUCUUUUAGAAUGCAAUGACAGAUUGCAGCAUCAAUUUUAAUCAGGUUACAAAGAAGUUCAUGACCGGGAGAUUGCAGGUGCUUUGGCAGGAUGAACUGCAUGGACCAAAUUACCUGCCUAAUUGGAGUUUAUCUUUCUGUGUUCUGGAGACAAUUAGUCUUAUUGACAAGUGGAGCAUUCAGCUGCUGGGCAGACAAGAUUUAUUCAGUGUGUUUCGACACAUAAUGUAAGGGCAUGCACCAGUCUAAAUGAAAACAUUGAUAAUGAAAAAUAUCACAGCAAUGAUAUCAACUGCAGUGAUAAUUGCUGUUCAGUUUGGCAUCAUUUGUUGCAAAACUGAAAGCAGGAAGAACGAUAGAAUUGACCAUAACUCAUUCCGAUAAUUCGUUUUGAAUCGAAUCUCAGGUCUGCAGGUAUGAAUCCUCUUUGUAUCACCUGCAGUGCACAGUUGAUGACCAGUCCACUAUUCAUUCAGAUAAAACAACUGGUCUAUGCGAGGCAACCGGGCUAAUUGGUGAGAUGAGCUGAUAUUCACUUGUCUGGCAUGGAUAGACAAGGUAACCAAAUAGAUUACUCAUCUCUGGAGAUAGCAGAUUGGCAUUUCAAUACAUUGUUCAGUGGAGUGGCAGGUGAUAGUCUGUGCCUGUGAUUCCCAAAGACGUCAAGUUUUCAAUCUCAGUUGAAACAGUCAAUGCAGUAAAAGUACUUCCGCACAGGAAGAAGCAGAAGCAAUGAAUUAAUCAUCUCUAAAACCUUCUUGUGGCUAAGUUCAAGCACUAAUAUUUAAGUUCCAUUGGUGUAAAAAAACAUGAUAAGGAUAGUUUUUGUUUUAAAUACUGAGAAUUGAGAAAUUAUUUAAAUGAAAUAGUAAACACAUCCCCCCCAAUGGGCCUAUAUGUAUUAGAUCUGCAGGUUAUAAUGCCCUCAUGUGCCACAAAUAAUACACAUUUGAAUGCUAUCAUUUGCACCAUGUGUACUGUGCCUUGUUUCACAUGUUCGUUCCAGGUGCUGCAUUGAUAAGAUCACAGCUUGCCAGUUUAUAUUGUACUCUCAAUAGCAAAGCAUUCCUUGUUGAGCACAAAUAUGUGAAUGCAACAGUUUCUGAAUCACAAAUUCUGUGAAUCUAGUGCCUCAUUCAGUGUUUUGCAGUCAUUGGAUUUUCAUCAGAUUUCAAACUAUUAUGGGCUCCUCACCUAAAUCUCUCAAGUCUAAAUCAUAAGAUCACAAACUACCAGUUAGUCAUUACAAUCAGUUGAUGUAAUUAUCAUAAGUCAAAAAUAGGAGACAUUCACACAAUUCACAAUAAGUUCUUAAAUAAGUAUUAGCAACUGCUCAAAAUAACCAAGCAGAGUAACCUUUCAAAUAUUCAAACGAACCAUUGCAUACCCUCAAACUAGCAAUAUUAAUGUUCAAAUUAACCGUUGUAAACACUUAUACUUCAAAUUGCCCAAGAUACACACACAGCCAGAAAUUCAAAGUAACAUUUGUCCCUGGGAUAUAUUUUGAAGUUUGCUUUUAUUUUAAAAGCAAAAGCUAUUUUUCUAUUUUUUUCUUUCCACCUAAGAAUUGGGGGAAAACUUUGAAAGAAAAUUAUCACCAGGGUAUGUUCUGCUUCUUAAAUCACAUGAAAGAAUAAUACUGAUAAAUAUUACUCAUGGAUAUUCUUUCUAAACCUGUAUUACAUAAAAACAGCACCACUGAUGACUCCCAUUUUAACCACUUUUCAUAAGGAAUGACCACAACAGAAAAUAAACAAUGAAUUCUAUUUAAAAUAGACACAGUUUUAUUUUUAGACGAGGUAAAUGUUAACUUGGCAGAAAAUGCUCAGGCUCCCAGAUUGGGAAACUAUCUCAUGGGACGUGCAAGUUGUCCAAUUGAGGAAGAGAAAAGGAGGGAUGCAGAAGAGGGCUCUGUUGUAAUUUUAAAAUUGACAGAGCAUUUGUACCAGAAUUUAGAGACCCUUUGUCAUCCACCCUUUCAGGAAUUAGAAUCAUUGCUCCGUCCCACAACUCUUUUACAUCAGUCAGUCUCAUAUUGAUCGCUGUUUGAUUGCAA